CCCCUCUUCCCCUUCUUUCGUCAAUGGAAGUGUAGGUGUAAAUGAGUUCGGGGGAAGCAGGUACAGCACAUGGUCUCUUUAUGCUUUGCGCCUUGGUGCCUCUCUUUCUCUCUCUCCUUUUGGGAAUGGUCAACAGGAGAGGAAGGGGACGGAGAUUUAAUGCACUAAUUACGAUGACUGGAAGUUCGUCUUGAAACUCUUCCCCCUCGAGUCAUGACGGAUGAUCACCAGUUUGGGGUGUGGGGGGAAAUGGGGGGAAGGG